UUUGUAGCAUUAUUCUUGCCCGGAAGCGACUCUGUGACGAAGAGCGGUUAUAUAGAGCGGGAAGCACGCCGCUGGCCCACCACCAGUAUUGCCUCUCCAGGCUCAGGUGGUCCGCCAUUGGUCUGGGACUGUGUAAGGCUCGGCUGGCUGGCUGCGAAGAUUGGGCCCAUGAAUCAGGUCGGUGGUGCUGGCGCCGGGAUGCCGCCGCGGCAAAAUCAGAUGCGGGAUGUGGCGGACCGCGCUGCAGGGGUCGAUCCCAAUUUCAUGGUGCUGCGCAACAAUAUUCGACAGAAGAUGUUCGAGUACAUAGAAAGGAAGCAACCAUCUGCUAUCUGGCGGCGGCGGCUGCCGGACCUUGCGAGGCGGCUCGAGGAAAUCUUGUUUAGAGAAUACCCAAACAAGAGGGAGUACUACAAUAUGACGAAGGGGCCGAUUGAGCGCCACUUGCAGUUUGCCAUGAAGCUCUCAAGUGUUCGGAAUCGGCAACGACAACAGAACCGACAAUUGUCAAGGCAGAUAACAUGUUCCCCUUGCUAUGGGAUAAUGAUUGUGACACCUGGUAUCACGCAAGGCGCAAGUGAAAAUUCUGGAAUGUCUUUCGUGACAGGCAACACUGGACCUUUGUCGUCGGGUGCCAACAUGGUUCCACAGAACGCCAACAUGGGUACCUUGCUGCCAGGGGAAGCUCCCAAUGAGCAUGUGAACACACUGCUAUCUCUGGGGAUGAACCCUACACACCAUGACCGCUCGGGAGCGUGCAACAACCACCGUGUAAUAGGCAUGGUGGAAGCACCUGAAACCAACCGACUCUUGACAACCCAUGCACCCGUGAAGGAGGUUGCAAAGAAACCAAAGUUCAGCUGCCCAGUCUGCUGGAACGAGCUGAUCGAUGCGUCAUCGACCAUCUGCGGCCACAUCUUCUGCCAGAAGUGCAUCGAGGCAUCCAUCCAGGCUCAGAAGAAGUGCCCUACCUGCCGUAGGACGCUGACCAUGAAGGAUUUCCACCGUGUCCACCUCCCGACGAUGGACUGAACUGAUCGAGCCAUUUUGGGCGCAGCAGAGCCUCAGGCACCCGUGUUCUUCUCCUCGCCUGCAUCGCGGUCAUUCUAUGUACACAGGGUUGCUUCUACCAUUCAGUUUCCUGCCCCAACUGUGUGACUGGCAACAGUUUCGAGACGUCGUUACCAAUCAGUCUGUAUCCCUAGCGCUAAAUAAUGCCGUACUCUCUUUGUUCAGGUUUAUAAUAAGGUCUGUUGCUUUUGUCUUAAGUCAAACCUCCUUGAGUUCUAUAUAUACAAAUAUCAACAUUUCCAAUUCCAUAAAAUAUGUUUUUCUUAA